AGAUUCGGCAUCAAGACAUCAAGAUGACGGCAUUGGUGCUUUUGAUGUUAAUCGUUUCGUCGCUGACAGGAAAAUCUACGGCGUGCUGUCCGCCAACAUGGACAGCGUACGAAAAUAGUUGCUAUCGAGUUUUCAGAACUAACAAAAGUACCAACUGGCUUGAGGCUUCAGAUCUAUGCAGGUUGCAUAGAUCACCAAAUUGCGAUGAAGUGGCGCAUCUUGCGAAGAUCGAGACGUACGAGGAGAAUAAUUUCUUAUCACAAUGGCUCUGGUCCGCGUACUACGCUAUAAACACCUACGCCUGGAUUGGACUACGAGAAAACCCAAUAAUAGGCAAACAAUUUACAUGGCUAGAUGGUGAAAAGCUGGACCGAUUCGCGUAUAACAAUUGGAAGCUUGAAGAAAAUAAACCGUCGAUGACGCCAGGAGAGUGUGUGUAUAUGGCCGUGGACGGGGCAGAAGGGUGGCAACGAGACUACGGAAGUUGGAAAGACUUCCCUUGCGUGCACAAAGAACAGUGGCUAGAAGCAUACCUUUGCGAGAUGGCACAAUGUAGAG